CAAAUAUUUAAACAACAAAUUCCUGAAUGUGCAUUCAAAAAGAUAUAAUUCGCAAUAAUUUCGAAUAAAAAUAUUUAUUGAAUGGUUUCAAAAUAGAUAGCUAAAAUACUUGUUGUAGAUGUGGGAAAUUUGAUGGUUGCGCAAUGUGCCUUGUCUGACACUACCAAGAACUCUAGGCUGUGUGGCUUACCAGAUUUUUUGUCACGUGUACCUUGACGCUGGGGGAUAUUUAAUGCAGCAUAAUUAUACAUACGACACUCACUGUAUAUAAUACAGGAAGAUUACUUGUGAGUAUUACAACGAAUUAUUAACUGGACUAUCAAUUUUCUAUUCAAUAAGAUUCCCACACUUUCAACUUCUGAUAAAUAACGUUGCUAGGUUUUCUUGAUGAACUUUUUCAGCCAGUUUCUCGAGCUGUGGAAUUCUCGUUUUCCUGGAGAUAACAAAGCCCCCCAAUUGGAUUGUUUGAAAGCGGAUCAGUUUAGCUCUGUGAUUGAUCAGAGACGAGCACUUGAGGAGCAGUCCUGCAAAUUAUCAAUGUCGAUUGAGGAGCUCAAGCAAAAAAUCGACUAUGAUUCUUUUACAAAUGAUUAUUUGCAGAAGUGUAUUCAGAAGCUGGGUGCUAUAUCUCAAGUUUUCAACGAGAUAGAACACAAUGACCCCAAAAUACCUGGGUCUUCAAACAGUCAGUUAACACCUCUUAACAAUUUUCCUGGUGACAUUCCAAAUACAAUGCUGUCUCACCAUACACAACCAUGUUUUCCGAAUAAUGCUCCUAACUUUUCUCUGUUACCGCAAUGUAUCGCAUCGGGAUUGAUUAAUUCAGCAUCUCCACUUCUUGCUGCUGUUGCUACUUCUACGACACCCUUUUUAUUCCCAUCAACGUUGAAUCAUUUCUCCUGUCCAGAUGUUAUAAAAUCUGAUCCCGAUCUAGUUGGACAAUCCAGUAGAUCUGUUGGUUCUACCGAUCAUUCCCUUUUCCGGUCUUCACACGAAAAUCAACCUUUCGAAGUUACCCCGUCUCCUGUUCAUAAUAACUUGUUUUGCUCUGGAACAAGUUACGCUACUCCUAUAGUAUCCCGUUCUUUAUCACAUGAUACAGGGAGCUGUAUGAAAUCGAAUUACUCCACUGGGUUGUCCGGAGCAACUACGGACGCUCAAGCGGCAGCUGCUGCUGUUGCCGCUGCUUUCGGACUUAACUUUCCUGCUACCGGUGGUUCUCUCACAAACAACAACAAUAAUAAUAAUAUGAUGGGAUUUAACAAACAAAGAAAUCAAUCUGGUUCAAGUCUACUUCAAAUUUCACCUUUAAGUUCAAUUAAUGGUACAGAUGGGAAAGAAGAAGAUAGUUCAGUUGACCGACCUUUUCAGUGCAUGACAUGUUCAAGAACUUUUUCUGUUAAAGCAGGUCUAGUCCAACAUAUGCGUACGCACACAGAUGAGCGACCAUAUCCAUGCAUUCAUUGUGGUAGAGCUUUCAAACAAAAAAUCCAACUCACUACUCAUAUGCGUGUACAUAGCGGUGAACGUCCUUAUGGUUGCCGUUUAUGCGGCAAGUUAUUCCGUCAACAAAGUCAUGUAGUUCAACACUUAAGAACGCAUACAGGCGAAAAACCGCAUAAAUGUUAUCAAUGCGGAAAAGCUUUUCGACAAAAGUAUAGCCUUAUUUCUCAUCAACGUCGAAUGUGUCGUAAUCGUUCUGCUUCUAAUCCAAUUGCAGCUGGUAUGACUAUGUGGAUAAGUCCAGGCGCUGGAGGAGAUACUGGUAAUCUUAUUAAAGAAUUUUCACCCAAUAAGUGUAAUUCAUCGAUUGCUAGUCCAAAUGUUUCCUUAUCGACUCCGGUCUCAGUUAUGACAUCGCUACAAUCACCCCCUUCCCCAUUUGUAUCCUCACCAGUAUCAAAUAACCUUACACUAUCUCAAAGUCACUUUCAGAACCCGAUCAGUUUAAAUGGUGAUUCACAAUGUGAAAAUCCACUCACAACACGAUCCCGUUGUAAUUCCCUGUCGAAAAAUAAAUAUGAAUUACAAGAUUGGCCGUGUGCUUCUCUUUCCAGGCAUCCAUCAUCACGUUUAUCAGCAGCAGCAGGAGGAGGAGGAGCGGGAGUAGCAGUAGCAACAGCCUCAGAAGAUGAUUCCAUGCAUAGUCCAAGAACUUCAAGAUCCAACACUCUACAAAGUCAUGCUCCAAUGGGUUUAACUUAGCAGGAUGUGUGUCUGUGUGUGUGUUGUAAAAAGGUUCUUGGGGGGACUGUGUUUUAUAAUUUCAGAGUUUGUUUGUCUGUUUGUUAUCAUCUCAUUUAUUGUUGAAUAGCCCUCAUCAUUAUACAUAUAUCAGCAAAUGCUUUUCACUACUUUAUUUAUUUUUUUUGAUACCUAUGACAAGCGGUGUUUGUGUGUGUGUGUGCAUGUCAGACCUUGAAAUCUAAUUUUUAGGAAGACAUAUUGAAUUUGUCAUUUAUAAUCAUAAUAAUCAGCAGAAUACUUUCUUUCGUAUUUAUUAUUAAAAGUUGGCUUAUUUUGCUGUUAUUCCCUUUUUCAUUUGCUUUACAACCACCACGACCACCACUGACUGACUAACUGAUAUGACAAUGAUUCCUAAUUAAUCUCUUUCUUUCUCUCUCUCUCUCUCCCUCCUACCACAGAGACAGACUAUCAUCAAACGUAUACAAUCGAGUCUUUUUAAUAAUAAAUACUAUUACAAAAACUAACUUCACUAUUUUUACCCUUCCAAAUUUCCAUUGAUGAGAUGGAUUUCUUUUUGUUUUUUAUAUAAUUAAUCCUGUUAUAUAUAUUCCAAAGAAAAAUUGCUUCUUUGUUUUGUAAAGUGCUUUCAAAAUUGACUUUCUUUUCUAAAAAAAAAUAAAGGAACAUUUUUCGCUUCAUAUUGGUUCCCCCCCCCGCCCCCCUCUCUCUCUCUCUAUUACAUCAUAGUAAAUAUUACUACUGCCACUAUUAUUAUUAUUAUUACUACUACUACUACUAUUCAACCAACCAAGAAGUAAAUAUACAUUUCGUCUGUAUGUUGUUUAUAACGCCAGACGGUGAAAUUGUGAAUCACUCUGAUGAUGAACAGGUAUGCGUGUGUGUAGAUCCUAUGUACCUUUCAUUCCUUGUGUUAUAUAUAUAUUUUGAUGCUUCUUGACAUUGUUAUUAUUAUUUUCUUUUUUCUACUGCCUAUUUGUAAUAAUUCCCAAAAGUUAUUCAAAUAUUACAUCAUCACGUGAUCCACAUCUUGAUGAAUUAUCAAACUAUCAUCCCACUUUCAAACAAGGUCUUCGUUAUUAUUAUUAUUAUUAUUUCCCAGUGGAAUAUAGGGCCUCAAGCUAG